AUGCCUCCAGCGGCCGCCGCUCUCGACUAUGCCGCCUCGAAGCCAGUCAUCCAAUCAUUCCUCAACGACAUCCGUCUGGACUACCUGGUCCAUCUGGAGCCUGGUCAGCUCAACGCCCUCUACAGUCUUCUCGACUGGAUCAAUCCCGCCGACGAGCUUCGCAACAAGACACUUCUCCUCGCCUGGAUUGCUCGGCACUUCCCUGAAUUGAAGCAUCCGGUCAAAAAGAUGGCUACGCAGACACUGUUGACACAGUCGAUGCAGAAGAAGAAGGCUUUCGUAAAGAAGGAGUGCGAAGGCCAAGAUUGGAUGCCGGACACAUCACGGUUGUCCGGCCGGAUUCGUGGUGUGAGGGAGGAUAUGCAUGAUACGUCACGGCAGUACAGCAGGAUUGGCGGUGUGAAGGAGGAUAUGCAUGAUGCUUCACGGCGGUAUGGGCAGAUUCAUGGUGGUGUGGAGGAUACGCAUGCCACUUCACGGCAGUACAGCAGGAUUCGUGGUGCAAUGGAGGAUAUGCAUGAUGCUCCACGGCAGUACGAGGAGAUUCAUGGUGCGAUGGAGGAUAUGCAUGAUGUUUCAUGGCAGCAUGGGGACAUUCAUGGUGAUGUGGAGGAUGUACGUGAUACUUCGCGGCAGUAUGGGAAGAGUCAUGCUCAUGGAGGGGAUAGGCGCGAUACGUCGUGGCAGCAUGGAAAGACGUAUGGUGAGGUGGAGGACAUGCGUUGCACUUCACGGCAGCAUGGGAAGACUUAUGGUGCAGAGGAGCAAAUGCUCGACGUCCCUAUGCAACAUGGUCAGACCCAACAGGCACCGUCGACGCCCACACGCAACUCUCGUCAGCCACCUCGUCCUCCGCAGCAUGCCCAACUUCCAACCCGCCAGUCUGCCCGCGUCUCUGGAAAGAUGGCAAGCGAGGUGCCGCAGUGGACCUCUUACGCCUGCGAUCUCAGCGAUGUCGAGAGUCUUGCCGCGUUCUCUGACGACAUUGGGUGCGCCUCCACACCUGACAAAGCCGAGCACGUUCAUCUGCAAGCCAAGUGCCAGACCCCACCUCCCUUCUUCGACCACGAGGAAGAUGGUUAUCCUGAUGCUGAUCAAAUGCCGGAGAUCAAGAACCACGAGCACCAGCAGAACAACCCCCUUGGCAAGGAUACAUCAAGUGCUUCCGCAUCUCCACAACGCAUUCCUGGGUCCCUGCAAGACGGCACUCGUCCUUUCAUCCCCAUCCUUCAGAACACCUUCUUUCCCCGUAUCUGCGAGGCUCUCCGCGUGGGUCAUGUAGAUACGGCAGUGCUGGAGACAGCUCGACUGGUGGCACUCGUGGUGCAGAUUAAAGAUGUAGCUGGGGAGGCUGACAAGCAGGCGAACUGA